GUGCAGAGAUCAUACUCCUAUGGCGCGGUCCAGCUUCAAUUUUGUGUUAACUUCAGUUUCCAGGUUCCAGAGUAUUUGCUAAAAUGCAUUGAUGUUAUUGAUAUUUAAAGCAAAUAUGAUAUGUUCUAUGCCAUGAGCUUAUUUGUUGCGUUCCUGGAGAUUAAUAACCAAGUCAGUGAGCUAACUAUAGUGGAAAAUAGUGGAUGAAAUGUCUGAAGAAUGCACUACUGAGCCUGCAGGAGCCAUCAGGGCCAUUGACAAACACUCAGUUCAUCAGAUCUGCUCAGGCCAGGUGGUGCUGACUUUAGCCACUGCUGUCAAAGAGCUGGUGGAGAAUAGUGUGGAUGCAGGGGCUACAAAUAUUGAGGUCAGAUUGAAGGAUUCUGGAGCAGAGCUUGUGGAAGUUUCUGAUAAUGGCAAAGGAGUAGAGGAAGCUAACUUUGAAGGACUUACUCUGAAGCACCAUACCUCAAAAAUAAGGGACUUUUCAGAUCUCAUUCAUGUGGAAACCUUUGGCUUUAGAGGAGAAGCCCUCAGCUCUCUAUGUGCACUGAGUGAUCUCAUGGUGGUUACGUGCCAUGAGUCUAGCCAAGUGGGGACCAAGCUGGUGUUUGACCAUAAAGGAAACUUGGUUCAAAAGUCACCUCAACCUAGACAGCAAGGCACUACUGUUUCCCUGCAGCAGCUCUUCUACACUCUCCCAGUCAGACACAAGGAGUUCCAACGCAAUAUUAAAAAGGAAUAUGCAAAAAUGAUCCACGUCCUGCAGUCCUAUUGUAUAAUAUCAACCGGAGUGCGCAUAACCUGCUCAAACCAAACUGGGCAGGCCAAACGCAGCACAGUCCUCAGCACCAGCGGAAGUCAAAGUAUGAGAGAUAACAUAGGAGCCAUAUUUGGACCAAAGCAGCUCCAGACACUUUUGCCGUUUCAACAAGUAUUUCCUGCUGAAAAUGUUAUGGAUGAAUAUGGACUGAAGGAUACAGACUUACCCAAACAUCUCUUUGUCAUUACAGGAUUUGUCUCACGAGCAGACCAUGGAGUUGGAAGAAGUUCCACCGACAGACAAUUUUUUUUUAUCAACAACCGUCCAUGUGAUCCUCUGAAGGUGGCUAAAAUUGUGAAUGAAGUUUAUCAUAUGUAUAACAGGCAUCAGUAUCCAUUUGUUGCCUUGAGCAUAACUGUAGCCUCUGAAUGUGUGGAUGUAAAUGUCACCCCCGACAAACGGCAGAUUUUCCUUCAAGAAGAAAAGCUCUUGCUCGCAAUUAUAAAAACAUCUCUUAUCAACACCUAUGAGGCCGGUGUCAAUAAAAUAAGCUUGAACUUUACACAUAAACCAGCAACAAGUGUGCUGUCAUCACCUGAACCUCAAGUUGUUCCCUCGGAUGGGAACUUGCCAGAGUCUGGAGAGGAGAGUGACUUGGUUAUUCAAAGCCCAAAGUCUUCUCUUAAUUUGGCUAGUCUAAAGGCUGCGUUUUCCAGUCAUCAUAGUUCAGCUAAAAGUGCAUGUGUUUCAGGCAACAUAAACAGUGGCCCAACCCAGAAAACACUUCAAUCGUUUCUCAAAAGUGGUGCAAAGUCUGCUGUAGCCAAUACAAACAUAGUUUCUAAUUUAAAGACAAAAAAAGACUAUGAUAAAUGCUCUGUUGUUGGAAGAGGUGUGUUGGACAGUUUCAGGUUUGGUAAAGAACAGGACAGCAGAACUGAAAACUCAGUUCCCAGCUGUGACCCCUCAAUAUCACAUAAUGAGACAGUUUCUCAAGUGCUGACUGAAAACAUGACAAUCAAAGUUGAAGCCUGUGAACAAGAAGCAGAAGAGGAAAACAACACAUUUGUGGAAUCUAAAGCAUGUGUAUUAAAAGAAUCCUGUCGGCAAAGCCCUAAUCCCAAAAGAGCCAAAAGAGAUAGUCCUGUGGUUUUGACAAAAUCUAAUGCUGCCUUUUCAAAUGAAUCAAAGAGUUCUUCCCCAUCAACGGUGGAUGCCCCGAUCUCUUUACAAAGAAAGACAGUACCUGUACAGUUUUCCUUUCAGCAGCUUGAGUUAAGGAUAAAGAAGCUGCAGCAACGGGGAGGAGCCAAGGAUGAACCAAAGUACAGACGAUUCAGGGCCAAGAUCAACCCAGGAGAUAACCAGAGUGCAGAAGAUGAGCUCAAGAAAGAGAUCUGUAAGGAUAUGUUCAAAGAGAUGGAGAUCAUUGGUCAGUUCAACCUGGGCUUUAUCAUCACCAAACUAAACUCCGACAUCUUUAUGAUUGACCAGCAUGCAACUGAUGAGAAGUACAACUUUGAAAUGCUCCAGCAACACACUGUGCUUCAGGGACAGAGACUUAUAGUCCCGCAAAACCUUCAUCUUACUGCUGUCAGCGAAAACAUAUUAAUUGAGAAUAUUGACAUUUUUAGAAAGAAUGGCUUUGAAUUUCUGAUAAAUGAAGACGCUCAAGUAAUGGAGAGGGUAAAGCUGGUAUCUCUACCCACUAGUAAGAACUGGACAUUUGGUCCCGCUGACAUAGAGGAGCUCAUAUUUAUGUUGAGUGAUAGCCCAGGUGUCAUGUGCCGACCAUCCCGUGUGAGGCAGAUGUUUGCUUCAAGAGCUUGUCGCAAAUCGGUGAUGAUUGGCACAGCCCUGAGUGUCAGUGAAAUGAAAAAGCUUGUGGUUCACAUGGGGGAAAUUGAACAACCCUGGAACUGUCCUCACGGGAGACCAACUAUGAGACACCUGGCUAAUCUGGACAUUAUUUCACAAGACUGAAUAUUAAACGACACCAAAAAAAAGUUGACAGUAUUUUUUAUUUUUAUUUUUUUACGUUUGUACCUUUGUAUUAAGAUAGCUUUUUUGUAAUAGAAAACUAACUUGUAACUGAGAUGAAAAGGUGUGUGUUGUUUAUUUCCGAAAUAAAUUACCUGAAAUGUG